AUGAUUUUCUUCCACUCGGGCUUAAAGGAGUUGGCCGCCAACGGUUGGCCGCAGGCAAAAGCAGAAAAACCCGCAGAAAAGACAACGAAAAAAGCAACUGAAAAGACCGCAAAAAAGGCCACAGAAAAGGAUACGGAAAAGGGUGCGGAAAAGGUGCAGCCAGCGCCGAAGGCCAGUAAGAUCGUACAGGAUGGUGACCUGUUGCCUCAAAAGUGUGUCAGUGAGCACAAUUGUGAGGCGCCUGGCACCAGCGCAUCUUCUUCAGCAGCUCCAGCGACUGAGCCGAUGAAGGAGCCAGAUAGUGAGCCCGAAGCAGAGGAGAUUGCGCCAGUGAGGGAGGCGGAGCUCCUUCGAGCCUUAAAGGGCUCAGCAGCUUCGGUUCAGGCAGCGCCCCUUGAGAAGCUGGAGACUUCGAAGGUGGCCGUUCCAGAUCCAGGAAAGCAUGAGGAGGUCGCCUGCAAGCUCCGGCGCCUACGGCAGCUGGCGGAGGGUUUGCCCGGCAGCGGCUGGGUGCAACCGCAGGAUCUCAGGGUCUUGCUGAGGUUCCUGAUAGCGCGGCAGCUGAAUGUGGAACGAGCCCUGGAAAUGCUGCAGAAAGUGCUGCAGUGGCGGCAGCAGCAUGGUGUGUCCAAUGCGUUGCCGUUAUGGGACAAGGCGCUGCACGAGCGCUUUGAUCGAUACUUCAAAUGCCUUGCCUUCACUGGAACGGACUUGGACGGCGAUCCCGUCAUUGUCGAGAGGUGCGGCAAGGUGCACGUUCAGAGUCUUGCGAAAUGUAGCGAGGACUUUCUGAGGAGACAUGUCAUAUAUAGCGCAGAAUGCGUCCUGGCAUCCCUGGAACGCAGCCGGCAAGAGAGCUGCAAGGAUGGAACGAUCCGUGGAUUUCAGUUCACCGUGGUGAUCGAUUUGGAGGAGAUUGAUAUGAGUUUCGCAGAUCGCAGGCUUUUGGCGUUGAGCAAAGCCAUGGGGCGUAUCGAAUCGGAGAACUAUCCGGAGGUCCUGAAGAGAGUAAUAGUGGUCCGCGCACCCUGGUUUUUCCCCGCAGUUUUCCAGAUGUUUAAACCCUUCAUGGACCCCGGCACGGUGGCAAAGAUUUCGGUCCCCAAGGCUCACGAGACCAGGGACGUCUUGUUGCGGCAUGUGCCAGCCACGGCUAUCCCAAAGGACUUGGGUGGAUGCUUGAAGGAUGAGGUGCAGUUGCUUCCGCCUGGUGGGGUGCUCCCACAGGACAUCAUCGAUCGCACCUAUCAGAAGUAGCAACGUGCAGGUGGGGUGCCUGGCUCUGCGUUGGCAGACUGUGAUUACGACUGGAUGUUACAAAGCCCCGCCAUGUCAGUGAGAACCUUGCCACAUCAGAUUCACAGACAAUCGCUAUAUUCUGAUGGCAGGGACUGUGGCAAGAUAUCACCUGGAUUCCACAGCUGAACAUUUGAUUGCACCUCUAGACAA